AUGUCCACCCCGUCAGCCUGCUUGAAAGCACUCACAGCAAUCCUCAGCGCCUGGCGCAGGUCGACGGCGCCGGACAGCUUGAUCCGGCCCUGGCUCCAGCAAGCGCGCGAGCUCGUCAACGCCGAGGGGCACUUGUGGGACCCUGCGGAGGCUGUAACGGCGGCAGAGGAGCUGGAGAACUGGGCCAAGGUCAUCAGAGCCAACCCGUACGAGUACGCCAUGGAGGUCGCCGAGAUCUCCUUCAACAGCGACACGGCCCACAACCACUUCCCGACCCUGAACACGCUCUACGACGAGAGCUCGAGCACAAGCGCACCACGUCGUCGUCAUCGAGGGGGACAAGAAUCGCCUCGCGCGACGUCGAGGAGACGGUCCAGGUCGCCCAAGCGUGAGCCCGCCUCGAGCGACGACGAGCGCGGGCGGACUGAGCGUUCGCUCGCGCCGCACCCUGCUCGUCAUCCCGAGCAGUACAAGCUCACGAGGCUCAGGCCGCUCUGA